AAACUGAUUUUAUUCUUUCAAAAAGAUACUUCAUGACAUUUCAAACUUUUAUAUAGCGCUUUGUAAAGCAACAGGAAUAUGAGAACCAAGUCUUCUCUGCAACCUUGAUAGAUUCAUAACACCUUUUCAACUAAAUGAUCCUUGCAUUGGGAGGGGACCUGAGAAACUCUCAAAUGCAAAAUACGCAUUUUUUUUUUGCUCGUUGGCACUCUAUCGAUAGGUAUACCUAAUUAUUAUCAUUAUUCUUUUCCUGGUCAUCUCAGUGGAAACUGAGACGAGUCAUUAUCUGCUCAUCUGAUCCUCAUGUGGACGUCAGCAGUAUUUUCGAUCUGUAGGGGAUUCCCCUUUCUCCCUUAAAAGGCUCUGAGACGCGCCACGCAGCACAUUUCGGCCAUUUUGACGGAAGUGAUUUGCCUCUCCCAGCAGUUUCGUUUUCGAUAUACGACUAGCAGAAGGGACUAGACUCUCAACUAGGGUUGCUAGAAGAUGGCUUCGUCUUAUUCUACUAUCGAAUUUGUCGCUGGAGAACUCGAAGCGCGUUACAAAUGUAUAGAUUGUCAUCAAGUCUUGUUCGAUCCUGCUCAAUCGUCCUGUGGCCAUCGAUUUUGUUGGCGAUGUGUGGAAGAUAUUUUUAAAAAGGAUCCAACAAAUCCCAAAUGCCCGGAUGAUAAGGAGCCACUUGAAAGGCGUCUCAUUUUCAGGGAUAAAUGCGCUCAGAAGGAAAUCCUGGCGCUCGAGUGUUAUUGUCCUAAGAAAUCACUGGGAUGUCCAUGGUGCGGAAAAUUAGGUCAGCUGCAAGCCCACGAAGCAGAAUGUUCUUUUUCGGAAGUGAAAUGCCUGUAUCAUCACCUUGGCUGUAACGUUGUUGUCUUGAGGUACCAGUUAGCGAAACACGUGGAGAAUGAUUGUCUCUACAAAGUCGUGGAUUGUCCCUACUGCCUGGGUGGUUUCCCUGGGGUUAAAAUGAGGGAGCAUUUGGAGGAGUGUGGGAAGUUCCCUGUCAAAUGUCCUCACGGUUGCAAUAAGAGUGACAUUCCCAGGGAAGGCCUCCUGGAGCACUCAAAAACAUGUCCUCGAGUUCCGGCAAAGUGUAGCUUUAGUUCCAUGGGUUGCAGUUUUCAAGGUUCUAGGGAUUCCUUGGAUGAGCAUCUACGAAGUCAUGCCUCGGAGCACUUGACACUAUCGGUAAAAUUAAUAGUGGACGUGUCAGAGCAAAUGAAAAGUUUACAGCUACAACUGAAAGAUGCUCAAGAAUUGAACCAAACCUACGAAGCGCGGUUAGCGCUGCAAAAUGAAGCACUGGCGUUGAACAAACAGACGCUUUCCACGCACCAGGUCAAGCUGAUGAGAGUUGAAGAGAACGUGGAAGCGCAGCGCAAGGGCAUGGAUGAACUUCGAAAGAGCGUCGAAACCUUCAUGAAUUCUAAACAAAGCAAACAGGCCAGUGAUGAAGUUAAACAGCGUUUAGAUUUGCAGGACGAAAGGCUAGCGGUACUUGGAAACGAGAUAGCAAGACUCGGCGACGCUGCGGGGGGCCCUCGCGCUCGCUCGCGGGACUUCGAGCGGGCAUCCUCGCCGAGUCAUCAUCGAUUCGACCGUGUGGAACAUUCCUUAAGUUUGCACGAAAUUCAACUUGCUGAUCAAGAUCUGAAGCUUCAAAUACUAGAAACGACGUCCUAUGACGGAACGUUUCUAUGGAAGAUCGACGACUUUCAGCGAAGAUUUCGUGAAUCCGUUGACGGGAAAACUAUCUCCAUAUACAGUCCUCCUUUUUACACCGCUCGUUACGGUUAUAAGCUCUGCGCACGAGCGUAUCUCAACGGGGAUGGCCCGAUGGCGAAAGGAAAAUAUAUUUCUCUGUUUAUAGUGUUAAUGCGAGGAGAAUAUGACGGUUUGCUUUCUUGGCCUUUUCAGCAAAAAAUCACCAUGAAGCUGUUGGAUCAGGAGCGCAUCGCUCACGUCACCGAGACGUUCCGACCGGAUCCGAACAGCUCGAGUUUCCAACGACCGCGCUCGGAGAUGAACAUCGCUUCGGGCUGUCCCCUGUUCUGCUCGCACGGCCAGUUAAGAUCGAGAGGGUAUAUUCGCGAUGAUACCAUGUUUAUUAAGAUAGUCGUGGAUGGUACUGGCUUGCCGAUGAUUUGAAAUUUACCGAGGGAUUCAGGAAGGGAAGCCUCUGCUCUGAGGAAACGGAUCUGAGAAAAUGAAGAAUCCCAGGAAAGCCAAGCUACGCAGUUAAGGUCGUCUGCAUCAUGCACUGCGCGGUCGUGUACACUGCCAGGUAACAGCUAUCCUCCCCAGGGCGGCCAUCAAGCAAAUAACGAAAGCAAUCAAACCAAGCAGGGCACGGGAUCGCAAGGAGUAAAGGAAAGAGAACCGAGAUAGUAUGUUGGUUCGAAAGGCGUGAUGGGCCCUGCAAUUAACAGUGCAUACCGAGUUUAAAGUGUCACGUGGUUCCUUUGUUAUUGAAUCAACACGCUCGUUUGGUUGGAAUCAAAAUAAAGUUAUGAUAUUCGCGCUUAUACCAGCCAUGAAAAAAUGAUGCUCAUUAGUGUGAGGCGGUGUGAUUGACUGCUUUGUGAUCACAAGAUACAAAGUUAAAGUGUGCUGCAUGUAUUUAUCAAAUCGAUCUGCUUUCGCUGGCCACUUAUCAUGGAAUCGACUUUGUGCUGUGUUCAAAGUCCGUUGAAAAUCUCGUGUCGCUUGUUUCAAUUGGUAAACGUUUCAACGACUUUUGUCUUCGAUUCUGUUUCGAUACUUUAAAUAUAUAUUUUGACACAGCAUAACGCUAGAAAUCGCUUUUGAUAUUUUUUUAUGAAAAAAAUUAUUUAAUUGGAGUUCAAAUUUGGUUUUGUGUUUGCUAUGGAGCACUUCGUCCUUCGGUCAAGGUUAGUGAAUGGUUGUCAUGGUAACACAGACAAUGUUUCUAUAUGCGAGCAAGGAAAUCACGUUCGUAGAAGAAUUUCAGAAUAGACAUCCGGAGAAACAUCAUCAAAAGGCUCGAAUACUUUGAUACCUUGACACAUCCAUGUUUUACAUGAAGCCGGCUACGUGAUGUCUAAAAAGCUGUGAUUUGAUGACCUUCGCUUUCUAAGAUUUAUUGAAUUAUCAUUGUGAUGUAGUGUUCAAUAAAGUGAAUGAAAUUAUUUUUGCUUUGGAGUCUGUUUCAGCUGCAAUUUUCCAGUCUCAUACGCACUAGCGGCUUUUCAGCAAAGUGAACCGGCUCUAUCAGACAGACAAAUUUGAGAGCGGCCUGGGGCAUGAAGAGAGUUACCCGCCAUGCAGUGACUGUAUAUCGUCUAGCAGUUAUUCAACUCUUACAUAAGACCAUUAGUUUAAAAAUCCCCCUUUUCAUGUAGUAAAGACCACCUUGUGCUUUAAUGCCUAAAAUAGGUAGAACUGACUGAGCCCCAUGCCCUCAAACGUGAUAUCAAAACUAAUUCGUGGUUAAAUACUCCAAGAUCAAUUUACCAUCUGGGUUAAUUUUAGCCUAAAAUAAACUGUCGGUACCUUAAUGAUGGGCUCAUAUUGCGCCCCUCUAGGCAACAAAACGAACGAGAAAACCGUCUAACCGGCUGGGUUUCGAUUUGUACAGCGAAUUUUCUCAGGAGUCAAUAUCCAAGAACAUUUCCGAGAAAGCGGGAAUAGAAUAAACGUGUUAAGUUGAUUUUUGUUUAAUUUCCAGGAUAAUCAUCACUUCUCCAAGGCAGUAUUAAAACUUCGACCCCAUCAAAGAGCUCAAGGGGAACUUCCUGCCACUAGCCGGAAAUGAUCUAGGUAAAUAAUCCAAUUCAACCUAUUGAACAGGAAAUAUCAUGCUUGACCCCAAGCUACCGGCAACUGUGCACGUAUUAAACGUAGUGGACACGCGGUUCUGUGGGAGUUCUAGGAAGCGCGCGUGGCUUUCGCGAACUACUUUCCAUUCAGCCACGCGUAUUAAAAUCGCGCGCGCGCGAUUCAGAAUAGCGAAGUUGCUGAGGAGGGGGACUGGGAUAGACUAUCCUGCGCAAAUCGAAGACAGAAAUCCCACAAGUAAGAAAAGAUAUGAGAAUAUGUCAUGGAUAUAUCUCCUAAUGGGAAAAUUGUCUUAUAUUUUGGUGUCAUGAUAAGCAUCCAAAUUCCUUGGCUGUUACUAUAGCUAUAGCGUUUCUCGAACUCUUCUUGGAAGAAUUUCCAUCUAGGUCAGUGAGAGGCUGAUCAGUUACUUAGAGGGCAAUAUAGAGAAAAGUUAGCAUUUUAUCGCCACUGGAGAGAAGGGUUUAUGACCGAGCUGUACGGAAAAGAGAACUCGUUAUUCCCGAGUCUGGUGUUUCUAACUGGGUAAUCAUUGACUAUAUCAGAUCACAAGUUAGGUUUAUAGCAUUCUAAGUUAAUUACAAGAGAGAAGCCGAUUUUAGUAGCUUACAAUCUUUAUCAUCAAGUUGGAAUGUUUCGGUUCCUGUGUUCCUUUCCUUGUCUGUAAACAAUCCGAGCAGCUCUAUUGAUAAUAUUGAUAUCAGACUUAAAACUGCAUGGACGAAUUCCAGCUCUGCAGGUAUUGGUGACCUUCUUACAGCUCAGAACAAAUUCUUGCUGCAAUGAUCGCUGGCUUCAGACCACUAACUCGGAACAACGAUCACUCUCAGGAACUGUAAGCAGUGAAGCACGCUCUUCUUUCGCGACCAGCAACGAUCCACAUCCUG